GACUUUCUCACUGGACCUUCCACUGCAUCCAGGUCCCGGCCACUACAACAUCUUAUCAAGCAACCAUGCAGUCUGCCGAUGCAAAGCUGAACAGAAACUCCUUGUUGCUGGCACUGAGGUGCUACAUCACAGCAGUUCACAACAUGGAGCAGACGGUCCUGCUUCCCAGCCUCCUGAGAGACGUGCCGUACGACGAAGACGACGAUGAUUUGCACUGCGAGGAUGCUGAAAACAGCAGAGAUCUGUAUGAGUACUACCUACAGCUGAAAGCCAUCAGGACCACUGUGGAGUGCGGGCUCAUCCCUCACGAUGACCCCAAGAGCCACGCAGCCCUGUACAAAGGCCUGGAGCCCCUGAUGGAGGCCGAUCCAGAGGUGCUGUUUCAUUUCCAUCUCAGAGGCCUGUUUACAGUCAUGGCUAACCUCACGAAGAAGUCUCAGAGCCUGACGAAGAAAUACUUGGGCAUCAUUGGGGUCAGCCGUUAGAAAACUGCCGCUGAAGAUAAACAUCUUGAGGAUUUUAUCGGAAGCAUGUAUCUGGAAAGCUGUUAACAUUUCAGGCACUUGCAGGAAAAUGUUUGAAAUUAUAAAACGUCAUUUUUGCACUUUAUUCAACUGAAAAUUGCUAAAUAGUGUUCCUGUUGUACAAUUGGUAGUGCAUUGCGUUGGCAGUGCAAAUGUCAUUGGUUUAAUCCCCAGGGAACACAGAUACUAAUAAAAAUGAAGACUGAAUUCACUGUAAGCUGCUUUGAUGGAAAUUGUCUGCCAGAUGCAUAAAUGUAAAGAAAUCCUAUUCCUGUUGUUGUUGUAGUAUUAAUGUUGGCAGUAACUGUAAAUGAAAAUGUCAAGUCUUAAAAACUGCCUUUGCACAUGUAAAAUAAAAUUACUAAUUCAUUAACAA